AUGAUGAUAAGCAAUACUAAUUCUGUAGUCUAUAAUAUUUAUUAUCUUCUUUGGAUCAAAGACUCUGGUUUACAGGAAUCUAAAUUUCCAGUUAGAAUCCCUGAUACGAUUAUUAUUAAUGGCAGAUAGAUUUCAAAUUGGUUUUUUACUGGCAGCAAUGACUAGGUUUUGAAAAAAAAAGUAAAUCAUUUAUUGCCUGAGGCGAUAUUUGACUCUUUUACAAAAAGAGAUGUUAAAUCUGGGAUAGUGGCAUAGAUUAUAUAAGGAGAAUAAAAGGGAGAAAAACUUACAAAAAUUUAGUAAAAGGCUCAGCAAUCUCACCUUUUGAUGGCUCAUGAAGACGAAAAAGUUAUGAUUAGAUAUUUAACUGUUGAUUAGUUACAUAAAUUUUUGUUUGAAGAUUUAAAUGAAUUAAAUUUAGAUGAAUCUUUAAUUUUAUAAAAAUUUAUCAACCCAUAUGGAGAACACAACAAUAAUGUUUAGGCUCUUUGGUCGCCAAGUACUUGCGUCUUUAAUAAAAGAAUUAAUAACAAAAAAUUAAAUGAUACUUAAUAUGAUUCUUAUGAGAGAGCUGUCACAUUUGAUGGUCCUGAAAUAUUAUCAAAGGCAGUCUGCUUAAAAGGAAAACAAAUUUCUGGAGAAAUAAGAAAAUUGUGUGAAUUCAUUGUAAAACGUAUAGCUCACGUCACUUAUGAAAGGACUAUGAUAAAUAGAAUGGUUCUCUAUUUCAAAGCUGAUAAAGAUAAUAAAUUAUUUUUUCAAUACUGUACAAGUCUUCGUUUGAAAGAUGAAAUCAAAAAUGUAGUGAAGAGAAGAGAAACUGAUCCUGAAAAGUACAUGUUUAAUAACACUCCUUUGGUUAUUGAAAGCAAUUUUUAGAAACCUGCAAACAUUAAAAAUACAUACUCGAUUUCAAACUCGAGACCAAUGAGAAUGGAAAAUAAUUUGGCUUGCUUGAGUUGUGAUAUGAAAUAUUAAUUUUAAGAUAUGAUGGAAAUUCCUUUUAGUUUUUUACUUAAAUUUGAGAAUUUUAGUAAAGAUUAAAAUAUUAUAAAGCCUCAUUAUUUAGAGGACGGAAUGAUGAUUGAUGUAGAAAAUUAAUAGAAAAUAUCUUAAAAAAGAAAUAAUAAAAAAAAUUAAGUUGAGGUGUAGCUUACUAAUUAAUAAGUGAUGGAAUUCAUGAAUUCUGAUAAUGAGUUUAACUUUGAUGAAACUAAAUUAUAUGUUGGUGCAAAUUAAGCACCUCCUCAUCCACUGUUAGCUAAAAUAUAUCCGAAAAUGUCAAAAGAAAAUUAUGUUCAAUUUAAAGAGAAGGGAUACUUUGAUAAUUUGUAUAUCAAAAUGUGCCAUAAUUGCUAUUAUUAUUACACAUAGAAUUAAGUUAUUUCUGGAGCUCCUUUGCUACCUAACGAAAAUGUAUUAGAAAUAAAACGCAACUUAGCUUAAAAAGGCAGUUAGCUUUUUACUCCAAAGAUGCAUAAAAUAGCCUUGGAAAAAAAUCUAGAGUUAGCUCUCGAGUAUGAUUAUGCCAAGCACUUAAAUCCAACAAUUUAUCAGCAAAGACUUGAAAUACUCUAAAGAAAUAAUUAAUUUGUAAUGCAACAAAAACAAUAAUCACCUUUGAAAAAUGAUUUAGCAAAUACUGAAAAUACGAUUUAAAAAUAAAAUAGUGAUUAUUUAGCUUUCAAAAAUAAUUUAAGAAGACAUUCUGAAGAAAAUUUAAAUAAAAUUCAACAAAAAUAAAAUCUUAUUUAAACAGCUAGAUAAGAAAAAGUUUCUGGUCAGGAAAAAUAAAUUAAUUUAUAAAGAGAGAACAUUCAGAUACUUCCUUUGACAAACAAAAACAAAAAAGAUAUUGAUAGUUUUAUAAAUUCAUCUAAAGCGAGUACUGCAAGACCUCUAACAACGAAAAUGUUUUCUACAAUGGACAGUGCAUUAAAAAGCCAAAAAAGAUUUGAAAUCUUAAUAAAUCUUGCAUAAAAAGGAAUUAAGUCAAGAAUAGUCGAUGGAAAUAAUUUAAAUUAAAUUUCAUCUCCUUCCGUUAUCAAGUAAAAAAUAGAGACACCAUUCAUGAUUUAUAGAGAUAGUAAUAAGAAUUCUAAUAAUUAAUAUUCAAAACACACUUCCACUACAAACGAUGAUAGCUUUACAAAAUAGAAGGAGUAAGUUUUAGAAAUGUAUGUUAGUGAAUAUGAUAAAAAUAACAAAUUUGAAUAUGUUAAAUUAAACAAAGAUGAUGAAUAUCAAAAAGAUAAUAUCUCAUAAGAGUAAUCAAAGCAAAAUAUACUUGACAAAAAGCAAUCUAUUUAAACUAGAUAUUCAAUAAAUAACUCAAAGAAUUCAAUAUAAGAAAGUAAAACUGAGAGAUCUUCAAACUCUGCUAACAUGACUGAUAUUGAAAAAUCAUCUUAAAAACUUUUUAUUUCUUAAAAAAAUUCUAAUUAGUAGAGUUAUUUUAAGUACAGAAACCCAUCUCUUAAAGGAAACUUUUAGUAGAACAAUUUUAUGAAUUUUUAGAGCAGUCAAACAGAUUCUACAGAGCUUUCUUUAAAUUCUCUACAAACAUAUAGACCCAAUACUACUUAAAAUUCUGCUAAUCGACUACAUACAAUUAAGGAGAUCAAUUAAAUUUAAAGUUCAUCUUAAAUAAAACCUUUUAUCAGUCCAUAUUUAAGUCAUAGGAGCUAACAUAAAUUUUAAAUUAGCUAUCCAAAGUAUUUAAACAAAAAAUUAAAAGAAAGAAAUUAAAACUCCGAAGGUAUGACUGAUAUAAGAGAUCUAAAAUCAUAUACAUCACAUUCCUCUAGAGCGAAAUUUAUAAGUACUAGCAGUAAUAAAAAUAUAGAUAGUCCAUAACCUAAAGAUAAAAAAGGUAGUAAUACAAAAAAUAAAAAUGAUAUAUUACUAACUGAAAGCAGUUAUUAAGUUACUAAUACAAAUUUAAAUACCUCAAUUAAUUAGUAAAUAUCUCCAAAUCAUAAUAUUCUAGAUUUAAAAUUCAGUCAGAUUUAAAGUAACUCUGCUUAAAAUUUACUAACAAACAGGACAGAUGAGUUUUAGAUAGGAACUGCAACAACUAAUCAUUAUGAUAAAACUGAAAAUAAUGGUACUACUAUCGAUUAGAAAUCAAAUGACUAAUACUCUUAACAAAAUGAAAAUCUCAACUUCCAAAAUAAAGAUUAAAAUGCUUUGAAUGAAGAAGAGUUAAAGACAAAUACUUAAUAACUUCAAAUUAAUAAAUAUUUUGCUUCUGAAAGUGAUUAUAAUAAAAAAAUUUAAGAAAUUAUUUAAGAUUAUUAAGAUCAAAAAGACUGA